AUUUUGACGUCAGCCCGCAGGUUCUACAUCUUUAUUUCAACUCGCUCCUGCGUUUCGCUGCUGGAGGGGGUGAACAAAUGGCUACACGUUGCUGAGCUGCCUUCCAGGGUAAACCAUAACACUGCUCUGUGGAGAGAUUUCUAAGAGAAGCAGCUAACUGGACAAGAACAAUAAAAUAGCUUACUCAUUUCCAGCACCUUCUAAAACUGUAGGCUAUUUCAGAGCACAUCAUGCUAGGAGUCAAAUAGAAGUAACAACUGUCUGUCUAAGUCUUGUGUGUUGGCAGCCCUUUUUCCUCAUAGUGCAUUGGUUGCUCUGAGCCUCCAACCGGUGGCAGCUGAGUCAUAGGCAGCUUAUGGGUUUUCAGCUUCAAUUCAGCUCCACAGGAUCACCAGGACUUAGGUGAUCUUGCUGCUGUGGAAGAAAGUGAAAUUACACAGCUGUGGGCAUCGUUAAGCCAAUCAGAAAUCUGCCUCUUCUCCAGAUUCAUGCUGCAGUGUACCACUCCCAGGUGGUGUGCUCUCUCUCUCACCUGCAGACAGUUAGCCUUCCCAGGGAGGUUUAACAGCUGCAGGGAGCUGGGCCAGGCCGGGAGGCGGUCUGAAUAUGUUCAGGGUUACAUUGUAUUUGUUAACAUAAGAUUAGUAUGGGAAUUCUAGUGCUGUGGUCCUGUGGAGGCCAAGCAAGCCAAGUACAGGGACACUGCAGUCUCUGUGGCACCAACAGACAGCAAGCACAGGAGAAAGGAGGCCAUGUGGGCAAACAGGGCAGAUACAGCCACACAGGACACAGAAUAAGGGCUGGGAGGGGUGGUCCCUGGGUGCCUCUGCCUCAUGCUGUGAACCACCCUGAGUGAUUGUGGGCAAUGGCAAUAGCACUGGUUGGGCCCAAGAGCCUCUGGUGCUGGAAAGACUGUUGAAGCAGACAGCCGUUAAUCUGCAGCCAGUAGUGCUCGCAGCUCCCUGGCUCUGAAAGGUUCUGUGCAGGUGGUAGUUUCCACAGAGGCCGAGUCUUCUUCCUCGAGCACUGUGCUGCUCCUGUAAAGUGGAAUUGCCAGGCCACAGCCUGAAGCAAUGGUUGAGCACCAGGUGAGAAGACAUGUCCAACCCAGGAAGCUCAGGAGCAAGCCAUGCAUCUGAGUGACUGGAAGGGGUGGAACCUGGAUCCAUCUCUCCUCACUCUCAUUUCAGGAGCUACUGGGUCUUAUUCUGUGAAGCGGAGGCUGCUGUAGGCUGGAACUAACUGCUGAUGUCAAUUAAUUCUGCAAGGAAGUUUGUUAGACUGACAUAAAGUCCUUCAGGAAAUACAUGAAGAUGGAUGAGACCUACUGAAAAAUCUUCUGCAUUCUCUUUCGUCUGGAAGUCUUACCAGUGUAUAUGACUCCCUGAUCGUGGUAGCUCAUCUGUCUGCAUUGAAUGCAUUUUCAAAAACAUAAUGCUUUUUCAUUGCCAGUAAUAGUAACAAAUCUGCUCUGAUGCUGGAGUAUCAGCAAGUGAAGAAAAUUUCUCUACUAAAAGUUUUGAUGUAAUAGAAAAUGUUGGCAUGACCUCUACUGACAGAAAAGAAGUUCUCCUCAACGGUUUUUAAUAUGCAGAGAAAUGAGAGUUCAGCUAAAAAGCUGCAUAUGCAGAAAUGCCUCUCAUUUACUCAUGUUGACACAGCAUCGGUUUCAGGAAUUUCUGAAAAUCUUAAAGUUAGCAAAGAACCUGAAGCACAGAUUUUAAACUACAAUCUAGAGAUACCACCUCAAGCCCAAGUCAUAUCAGUACCACUUUCUUGUUUCUCACCUAUAAUGCAGCAACUGAUAUCUACCAGAAUUAAACACGUCUCUGAAGUAAGGGAGGCUACAGAAAUACCAACUGUUACUUAUAUUUGGCCAGUAUUAAAGAUAGGAGAGGCUUGCAAAUGCUCCUGGGGCAGACUUCCAAAUUCCUUAAUAUCAAACAGCCCAAACAUAGCAAGGCGCUGCUCUAGUCCUGAUGUAGUAACUGAAGAUGUAACGUGUUCCCAAGUAACCCCAGUGAAACAGCCCGUACAAGGAGAACACAGCAGCAAGACAACAAAAUCAUAUCCUCUUAUUUUAAAGUCUUCCAAUACUGUUGUUUCAGGAAUUCUGAGAUCAUUGGCUAAUGCUGAGAAUAAGGAUUAUAAGAAUAUUUUACCACUUUCAUCUAUUAGCCCUAUUGGAAAGAAAGUGAAAAUUCCAUUUAAGGAAAAUGCUAUGAUAAUUCAUAAUGGAGAAGUCUACAUCCCUUACAUAAUAAGACAUGAAACUUCAUCAACAGGAAUGGAAAUACACAGUCAAGAUCCGUUGCUCAGGAAGAUCACAGUUUCUUUCAUUACUUGCAGAAUUAUCCGUGAAAGGACAGAACAGUUCCUCAAGAAGGCUGCUUUCCCAUCUGAAGAACUACAAAAUAGAAAUGAGAGAGAAGCACAGCAUAAAAUAGACAAAGAACUAAGAAAGAAAUCUGGUGGUGUUAAAGAUAUAAGAAUACAUCUCAAGAGGAUAAAUUCCAGUGAACUUAAAGAAGAUUUUGGCAAAGCUUCUACAUUUAAAUGGAAGUUCCCCAAGAAGGCUACUUCCCCAUCUGAAGAAUCACAAAGAAGAACUGAGAGAGUAGCGCAACAGAAAGAAGACAAUGAACUAAGAAGGAAAUUUGGUAUUGUUAAAGAUAUAAGAAUCCAUCUCAAGAGGUUAAAAUUUCCACGUGAUUCAGUUGUUUAUCUGCAGCAAAGUUAGCAAUCAGUAACAAAUUACUGUUUCUCUUUGAUCUAUUAUCUCUUGUUCAGUCUGUAGGGUUCAAGUCACAUUUUGUCAGCUAAACCUUAAACUAAUGUCUACUGCUCCUUCCACGAUCUUUGAGAAACUUUUGUUGUCCCGAAGUGAAAACUACAUUGAUGUACACUCAUGAAAAUUCAUGAAAACGUGCUAUAACUUUUUGUGAAAUAUUUCAAGGCCAGAUAAAGCAAAACUUUCCAGAGUAUGUUAAAAGAGCACAGAUAUGAAUUACUUCUCUUUUUUCCUUUCUGCCACUACCAAAAUAA